UAAGGGCUAAACUACAAAUAGCUAAUUGUCACGUAGACAAAAGUAAGUUAUAUCAGGAAUCAGAUUCAAGAUAAGAGAAAAGAAAAAGAUCAAUGGCAAUGGCAAUUCAACUAAACCACCUCCUCCACACACACUCUUUGAAGCAUCAGAAACAACCCAAGCCACUCAUCUUCGCUCCCGCUCCUCAGAGACGAGUAAAAUUUCAAGUGAGGGCAGCAUCCAAUGCCCAGCAGCUUAUACAAUCUGGUGCUAUUAAGCCCAUAGUGCCUAAGGAUGCAGCCACUGCCAUGAGCUCAGAGGGCUUUGUGCUCCUUGACAUCAGACCAGUUUGGGAGAGGGAGAAGGCAAGAGUUGCAGGGUCCCUGCACGUGCCACUCUUUGUCCAGGACAUGGAUAAUAGCCCCUUAACUCUUUUGAAGAAGUGGGUUCACUUUGGCUACAUUGGACUAUGGACUGGCCAGAACUUCACCAUGAUAAAUCCUGAUUUUCUACGGUUGGUGGAGACAUCUAUUCCCAAUAAGGACGCCAAAAUUCUUGUGGCUUGCGGUGAAGGGCUUAGGUCGAUGAUGGCAGCUUUCAAGUUGUACGAAGGAGGAUACAAGAACCUUGGAUGGUUGGCUGGUGGAUUCAAUCGUUCUGGAGAUGAUGAUUUCCCAGUUGUCGAAGGACCAGAAAAAUUGCAGUAUGCAACUAUAGGGGGUGUAUCUUACUAUUUCCUUAAAUUGCUAAUUCUGUUACAAGCAGUGGACAAAAGCAAUUAAUGUGCUAAUAAUUUCUGUGAUC